CGGCGCCGGGUGCGGGUCGGCGAGGGUCCCGCACUCGCGCCGGCUCCCCGCUGCGGUGCGUGCAGCCGGCCGGCGGCCCGGCUUCCGCGGCGGCAUGUUCUCCCGGAAGAGCCACGGCGACGUGAGGAAGUCCACGCAGAAGGUGCUGGACCCCAAGAAGGACGUGCUGACGCGCCUGAAGCACCUGCGGGCGCUGCUGGAUAAUGUGGAUUCAAGUGAUCUUAAGCAGUUUUUUGAGACCAACUAUUCUCAGAUAUAUUUCAUCUUCUAUGAAAAUUUUAUAAUACUGGAAAAUAGUUUGAAAUUAAAAGGGAAUAAUAAGUCCCAGCGGGAGGAGCUGGACUCCAUCCUCUUUCUUUUUGAAAAAAUACUGCAGUUUCUACCUGAGCGAAUUUUCUUUAAAUGGCAUUAUCAGAGUAUAGGUUCAACUUUAAAGAAGCUUUUACAUACUGGAAAUUCUAUUAAGAUAAGAUGUGAAGGAAUCAGACUGUUUCUUCUGUGGCUUCAAGCACUUCAGACAAACUGUGCAGAAGAGCAGGUGAUGAUUUUUGCUUGUCUUGUACCUGGUUUCCCAGCACUCAUGUCAUCCCGAGGCCCCUGUACCCUAGAGACACUCAUCAACCCUAGCCCAAGUGUAGCUGAUGCAAAGAUAUAUCCAGAGGAAAUUACUCCACUCCUUCCAGCCAUAUCUGGAGAAAAGAUCACUGAGGACCAAACAUGCUUUUUUCUUCAAAUACUGCUGAAAUACAUGGUUAUUCAGGCUGCAAGCUUGGAAUGGAAGAAUAAGGAGAACCAAGAUACUGGAUUUAAAUUUCUUUUUACCUUGUUUCGAAAGUAUUAUCUUCCUCAUUUAUUUCCAUCUUUUACUAAAUUAACAAACAUCUACAAACCUGUACUUGACAUCCCCCAUCUGAGACCAAAGCCAGUGUACAUUACUACAACUAGAGACAAUGAAAAUAUUUACAGUACAAAAAUCCCAUACAUGGCAGCUCGUGUUGUUUUUAUUAAGUGGAUUGUAACUUUCUUUUUGGAUAAGAAGUAUCUGACUGCAGCACAAAACACUAAAAAUGGAGUUGAUGGAUUGCCUAAAAUAAUACAGACUGUUGGUGUUGGCAUGGCUCAGGAUAGGGCACCAGAGCUGGAUGGUGGCAUGCCCGAGCCGGACAAAAGCCAUUCUAACAGCAGUACCUUGUCAGACCGAAGGCUCAGCAAUUCCAGCCUUUGUAGCAUUGAAGAAGAGCACAGAAGUGUGUAUGAGAUGGUGCAACAGAUUCUCUUAUCAACACGAGGUUAUGUCAACUUUGUGAAUGAAGUAUUUCGUCAGGCAUUUUUGUUGCCUUCCUGUGAUAUAGCUGUAACAAGAAAAGUAGUUCAAGUAUAUAGAAAAUGGAUUCUCCAGGACAAGCCUGUAUUCAUGGAAGAACCGGAUAAAAAUGACAUUGCUCAGGAAGAAGCUGAAAAAUUAGGAUUUACAGAAUCAAAGGAGACGGCUUCUGAAAGUUCCCGUCAUAAGCGAUCUUCCAGUUGGGGGCGAACAUACUCAUUCACUAGCGCAGUAAACCGAGGCUGUGUGGCCGAAGAGGAGAACAAGAAUGUGAAGGCUGGGUGCCAGGCUAUGCUGCAGGUAUUUUUGACAAAUGCUGCAAACGUCUUUCUGCUGGAGCCUUGUGCCGAAGUCCCCGUGCUCUUGAAAGAACAAGUUGAUGCUUGUAAAGCUGUUCUGAUCAUCUUCAGGCGAAUGAUAAUGGAGCUCACAAUGAAUAAAAAGACAUGGGAACAGAUGUUGCAAAUACUACUCAGGAUAACAGAAGCUGUCAUGCAGAAGCCAAAGGAUAAACAAAUAAAGGACUUGUUUGCCCAGAGCUUGGCAGGGUUGCUGUUUAGGACACUUAUUGUGGCUUGGAUCCGAGCAAACCUCUGUGUGUACAUUUCACGAGAGCUCUGGGAUGACUUUCUGCGGGUGCUGUCCUCUCUUACGGAAUGGGAGGAGCUCAUAAAUGAGUGGGCCAACAUCAUGGACUCCUUGACAGCAGUGCUCGCAAGAACCGUUUAUGGAGUUGAGAUGACAAACCUACCUCUGGACAAAUUAAGUGAGCAAAAGGAAAAGAAGCAACGAGGCAAAGGCUGUGUUUUAGACCCUCAGAAAGGCACCACUGUGGGGAGGUCCUUUUCCCUCAGCUGGCGGAGCCACCCUGAUGUGACUGAACCCAUGCGCUUUAGGAGUGCCACCACGUCUGGAGCACCUGGAGUUGAAAAAGCAAGAAAUAUUGUUCGCCAAAAAGCAACUGCUAAGCGAAGCCAAUCAAUCAGCAACUGUGUCCACCUUUCUGAGGUUUUGCCUGCCACUAAAAGCGUCCCGCUCCUCCUUCACACCGUGAGCGCUCUCUUACCUGGUCUCUCUUACUCCUCUUGCUCUCACAGGCUGGCAGAAGUGGAGGAGUGUCAGCAGGCAGAGAAUCCAGCCACUUUCGACUCCAGCCGCCUGCUGGCCGAGCCACCGCAGCCAAUCCCGAGGAGCUGCAGCACGCCCGACGUCUCAGAGCCCUCCCGCCCCGAUCCUUCCCAGAGUCAAAAGAUGGAAAAUGCACAGAAUUUAAGCUCUUCAGAACCCAGGCCUCUUCAAGAGAAUAAAGGACAUGUGAAGAAAGAGCAUGAAGGAAUAACAAUCUUAGUUCGAAGAAGCAGUAGUCCUGCUGAAUUGGAUUUAAAAGAUGAUUUGCCACAGACACAAGGAAAAUGUAGAGACAGACAAAAGAGUGAAAGUGUCAGCAGUGACACAGCUCUGGGUUCUAAUGAUGAGACAGAGCUGACUGUGAGCCCCUGGAACACUUGUGAGGAAGACCCAGAGCUGAGCACUCCCACAGAUUCUGAUGCACGACAGUGGCUGCAGCUGAGUCCUACUGAUGCCUCAAACUUAACAGAUAGCAAUGAAUGCCUCGUGGACGACUGCAGCAUAAUUGCUGGAGGGAGCCUCACCGGCUGGCGCCCGGACUCCGCCGCUGUGCUAUGGAGGCGAGUCUUGGGGAUCCUGGGGGAUGUGAAUAAUAUCCAGUCACCGAGGAUCCAUGCCAAAGUGUUCGGCUAUCUCUAUGAACUCUGGUAUAAGCUAGCAAAGAUAAGGGAUAAUCUAGCAGUAAGCCUGGAUAACCAGUCUUCUCCAUCCCCUCCAGUCCUCAUUCCACCACUCAGAAUGUUUGCAUCAUGGCUUUUUAAGGCAACUACAUUGCCUAAUGAAUAUAAGGAAGGCAAACUGCAAGCCUACAGACUUAUCUGUGCCAUGAUGACCAGACGCCAGGACGUGCUGCCAAACUCAGACUUCUUGGUACAUUUUUACCUUGUGAUGCAUCUGGGAUUAACCAAUGAGGAUCAGGAUAUCUUAAACAUGAUCAUACGGCACUGCCCUCCCCGGUUUUUCUCCCUGGGCUUGCCUGGCUUCUCCAUGCUGGUGGGGGACUUCAUCACGGCUGCAGCUAGGGUCCUCAGCACAGACAUGCUGGCGGCACCUCGCUCGGAAGCUCUCACCAUUCUUGGUUCUCUUGUCUGCUUUCCCAAUACCUACCGGGAGGUCCCCUUGCUGCAGUCAGUGCCCGAAGUCAGUGAGGUCAUUACGGGAGCAGAAGAUAUCAAGCAUUACCUCAUAAAUAUUUUACUGAAGAAUGCCACAGAAGAACCAAAUGAAUGUGCAAGGUGCAUUGCCAUUUGUUCCCUUGGGGUCUGGAUAUGUGAAGAACUUGCACAGUGUACAAGCCAUCCUCAGAUGAAAGAAGCUGUCAAUGUAAUAGGUGUCACUUUGAAGUUCCCUAACAAAGUCGUGGCCCAGGUGGCUUGCGAUGUUCUUCAGUUACUGGUUUCUUUCUGGGAAAAGCUCCAGACAUUUGAAGCCACACUGCCUCAGAAGAUUGCAGAAAUCCUAGUGGCUACAAUUGCUUUUCUUUUACCAAGUGCAGAGUAUUCUUCAGUGGAAACAGAUAAGAAGUUCAUUGUGUCCUUGCUCCUCUGCCUUUUGGACUGGUGCAUGGCUUUGCCGGUGAAUGCCCUGCUUCACCCGGUAUCCACAGCAGCCCUGGAGGAACAGCAUGUGUCCAGAGCCCCAUUGCUGGAUUAUAUCUACAGGGUUCUGCACUGCUGUGUUUGUGGCUCAAGCACAUAUACCCAACAGAGCCACUACACACUUACCCUGGCUGACCUGUCGUCCACUGAUUACGACCCCUUCCUGCCACUGGCAAAUGUGAAGAAUUCUGAGCCAGUCCAGUAUCAUUCAUCAGCAGAACUGGGCAACCUGCUUACUGUUGAAGAGGAGCGGAAGAGAAGAAGUCUGGAGCUUAUCCCCCUUACAGCCAGGAUGGUGAUGGCUCACCUUGUAAACCACCUUGGGCACUUCCCUCUCCGUGGGGGCCCCGCUGUGCUCCACAGCCUGGUCAGUGAAAACCAUGACAACGCACAUGCAGAAGCCUCUGAGCUCUCCUCAGAAGUGUUCCGAAGCCCGAACCUGCAGCUGUUCGUAUUUAAUGACAGCACUCUCAUCUCCUAUCUCCAGACACCUGCAGAAGGACCGGCUGCUGGAUCCCCAGGGGGAGCUCUCUCCGACGUGAGGGUGAUCGUGAGGGAUAUCUCAGGGAAGUACUCUUGGGAUGGGAAGGUUCUAUAUGGGCCUUUGGAAGGGUGCCUAGCAGCCAAUGGCAGGAAGCCAUCAUUUCUGAUUUCUGGUUGGCAUCAUCCAACAUUUGGACCUCAGAAAGAUUUUUCUCAAACUGACAAGGGAGAUGAUGUCCUGGACAAAUUACUUGAAAGUAUUGGCCACACGAGUCCUGAAUGUCUCUUACCAUCGCAGCUGAAUCUGAACGAGCCUUCCCCACCCCCCUGCGGAAUGAACCGUGAACAGGAGAAGGAAAUUGUCCAGGUCCUUUUGCGCCAGAAUGCCCAAGAAGACGAGUAUGUUCAGAGGUGCAACUCCGAUUCCACGCUGAGGCUGAGCUGCCAGGAGCAGCCCUCUCCAGUGGAACCCCGGGGGCCCUUUUAUUUCUGCAGGUUGUUGCUCGAUGACUUGGGCAUGAAUUCUUGGGACAGAAGGAAAAAUUUCCAUCUGUUGAAGAAAAAUUCAAAGUUACUGAGAGAGCUGAAAAAUCUGGACUCACGUCAGUGUCGUGAAACACACAAGAUUGCAGUGUUUUACAUUGCCGAAGGUCAGGAAGACAAGUGUUCAAUCCUCUCCAAUGAAAGAGGCAGCCAAGCAUACGAAGACUUUGUUGCAGGACUUGGAUGGGAGGUGGAUCUCUCAACCCACUGUGGUUUUAUGGGUGGGCUUCAGCGCAAUGGCAGCACAGGGCAAACUGCCCCUUACUACGCUACCUCCACCGUGGAAGUGAUUUUCCAUGUUUCCACUCGUAUGCCAUCAGACUCAGAUGAUUCCCUCACCAAAAAGCUCCGACACCUGGGGAAUGAUGAGGUGCACAUUGUCUGGUCGGAGCACUCCCGGGACUACCGCCGGGGCAUCAUCCCAACGGCCUUCGGAGACGUUUCAAUCAUCAUUUACCCGAUGAAGAAUCACAUGUUCUUUAUCACGAUAACAAAGAAACCUGAGGUUCCAUUUUUUGGGCCUCUGUUUGAUGGAGCCAUAGUGAGUGGGAAGCUACUGCCAAGCCUUAUAUGUGCCACAUGCAUCAAUGCCAGCAGGGCUGUGAAGUGCCUCAUCCCGCUCUACCAGAGCUUCUACGAAGAACGAGCCCUGUACCUUGAAGCAAUAAUUCAAAACCACCGCGAAGUCAUGACAUUUGAAGAUUUUGCAGCCCAAGUCUUUUCUCCCUGUCCCAGCUACUCUCUCAGUGGAACGGAUUAAGAUGACUAAAGACCCGUCGCAAUAUCUGAGCAAGGGCUCUGGCCAGCAGCCUGAGCACCUACCUCAUCGCUGCGUCCUGGCAAGGAGAAGACAGAGGAAGUUCUCCCAUAUACACACCCACUUCAGUACAGAGAAGGCUCUGGGAAAAAUCUUCCCAUUACUCCUCUUCUGAAGCUACAGAUAAAUCACUGGAAAAUGGCAUCUGGGACUCUCAAACUUGGUGGCAUCUCCAUUUCCUGAACCUUGGGUUGCAGAAGAAGAAAAGCAAAAGUCACCAACCCCCAGAGGCAGUCGUGCUCUCAAAUGUGGUUGCUCAGGGCAGACUCUGAGAGAAGAUUCUGGGUGUUCUGGAAAGACCGGAAAGCAAGCAGCUGGCUUCUGCACACCAGCUGAUCCCCUCUCGUCCACAGACCCCGGCGUGCCUCGCUGAGGGGCCUGCAAAACUACUCUCAGUUGCUUGAGGAAUUUUCUUGGCCUGGAUACUGCUGACUCUUCCUUAUGUGAGGAUUCAUGAUGUACUCCAAAAUUUCAUCAUCAUGGAAAUUGGCUUUCCCCAGAGUCUUUUGCCCAGGAGAAGUUUUACCUUAGUUGCUGAGUGUUUUUCCACCUGGUGCUUGAUGCCCACUCACUGGGGAGCAGUUCCCCCAACCACUGUGGAGACCCUCCGCCACAGAACAUGCAGAACAUUCUAGAAAUACUGGGUCCUGUCCUUGAGAGAGCGCCCGGAGGUCAGGGAUUAACUGCUCCCCCACCCCCGUUCCCUCCCAACCCCUCACCCAGCUCAUCACUCACCACACCGUUGCCCCACACUGGCACACCCCGUCCCAGCUGUAGUCUGCAUCUGGCCCCCAAGUGUCCAUCUACCACUGCAGUCACUCCCGAGGCCACACCCUCCUGCCUGGUGUUCUGGGGCCACAUCGGGGCCCUUACUAAUCUUCCCCACCACACAGGAUUUCAGAGUCCUGGAUUCCAUGCAAGGACUUUUGUUUGUUUCGGGGUCACACCCUGCAAUGCUCGGGGGUUACUCCUGACUCUGCUCUCAGGAGUUACUCCUGGCAGUACUCAGGGAACCAUAUGGGAUGCUGGGGACCAAGCCUGGGUCAGCCACAUGCAAGGCAAAUGCCCUACCCGCUGUACUAUCCCUCAGUGCAAAGAAUUUGAUCCCGACUUUUCCCCCAUGAGCCUGUUUUGUUUUUUGCCCACCCGCUGCCUUGCUGAGGCAUGUGGGUCAGUGGCAGAGACCCCAUGAACAGGACGACAGCUGCUCACCAGAGCCCUUAGCCUGUUUCAGAGCAAGCCCUUGGCUUUGGAUGGGAACAGAAUAUGAAAGGGCCUGAAAAUGAGGGCUUUGGGCCCAUGCAUAGAGGCCUUCAUCUGCUCUUGGACCCCCAACUCUGUGCCUUCUUGUGCUCUGGUCAUCUCUCUGGUAAACUCCCCAGUUCUCCUUACCCGCCCCCCUCAACCUCUAGAGGCUCCAUUUUCAAUGACUCCUGAGCUCUUUCCAACUGGCAUAGCAUUGGUUUGGUAGUACCUGAUCUUUCUUUGGAGGGAGAUGGAGAGUAGGGGUUGCUGGACCCAGAAGUGCUCAGCCAGCAUUGUGCUCAUGCGUGUUCAGGGGACUAUAGAUGGUGACCCCUUAGCCAUCUCUUCAGUAGCUAAUGUCUGAUCCUUGCAGGAGAAAGAGUCAGACCCAAAAGCCAGACUAGCUUUAGGAACAGGAAGAAAAAAAUGAGAAAAAAAAAAUCUCCUCUUUCCUAAGAAUGGACCUUAUCAUUCUAGAGCGGUUUUUUUUUCCUUCCUCAAAGGGCUUCCUAGAAAGGGCCUGAGGCCAGGCCCACAGACACAGCUUUGCACCACCAGGAGAAGCGCGUGAGCCAAUGGGAGGCUGGACUCAGUCUCUCUGGGUCCUCUUGUAAUCAGACCCAAUUUGUUCCCUUCUUGGGGGCCUAAUGGGGACAUAAACAGGGCCUGGCAAUGAUAAUGAAAACAAGGUUUUCCCUUGUUCCGGCAAAUGUUGCUGUCUCCCCAAAGCCGUGGCUUUCUCCUCGGUGUGUGUGGCUCGGGGGUGCAGGCUGCUUUUGAUGCAUGCAGUGUGUCUGACAAGCUCAUGUGCUCAGGCAGCAGGAGACUCCAGGAAGAACACUCCCUUUCCGGCUCUAACACCCCUGACACUGAACCCCCUGGGCCUCAGUUCCACAAUCCUGCAUUUCCUCCAGGGAACCCCCUUCCUGACCCCGGAGUGGGAAGUCCAGCUGUGGCAGCCAGAACCAAGACCUUCCUUCAUCCCUGAACAGUCCCUGACCCAAUUUCUGCCAGCAGUCUGAGGCUGGAGCUUUUACUGAAUCUUCCCUUCUCGGCAUCAGCUUCAGUCUGGAGAGUUGGGAUGGGAAACCAAGGCCUCGAGCAACCAGAUUUUCUUGCAGUUGUGGACUAGGAAUGUUUUUUGGUUUGGUUUGGUUUGGUUUUCCAAGAUGGAAAAUUUGAAUUGAUUGAGUUGGAUUUGAUUAGGGGUUUACUUUUUGUUUCUUUUUUUUUCCCCUUAGAAAAGCAAAUAUUGUAUUUUUGCAAUAAAAGUGUUUCAGCAAAAUUGUAGAGGGGCACUCAUCUGAGCGGGAAUGUACCAAGGCAUAGCGCUGACCUGUCACAUUAGUGGGCCAGCCAUCUGUAAACUAAAGUGGCUCUAAUUGGCCUGAAACAGGUAAGCCUCCCUGGCCUCUGGGGAGCCCCCCACAGCGCCCUCAUUUCUCUGCUCCCUAAUCUUUGUCUGAAACAAAGCCGAUACUGCAGUCUUACAAACCUCUCCCCUCAAGCUCCCCACAAAAAUUAAUUCCACAAGAUGAUGAUUUUGGAAACUUUGUUUUUUGGUUUAUUUGGGGGCCAGAUCUGGCCAUGCUCAGGUUACUCCUGGCUCUGCACUCAGGAAUUACUCCUUGCAGAGCUCGGAGACCCAUAUGGAAUGCCCAGGAUCGAGCCUGCGUGCAGGGCAAGCCCUUUCCUACUGUACUAUCUCUCCAUCCCUGAAAAUUAUGACUUUUAAAACUAGUAAAACCUUAGGCAAGUAAGUCAAACCUUAAAGGAAGGGAAUACAGCUGGCAAGUGUCUGCCAUGGUGUUUUCCCACGGUUGGAGCUGCAGUUCCUGGAGCCACUGCCAAGGAGGAGGCUUCGAGUCCUGGCUGAGAGACGACUGAGUGGCAGCGCCUUUAGCCUUACCUACGAGACCAGGAUCUGUAGACAGUGCAGAUCACGUCUUCCUGAUGGUCCUCGGCUAUGACCAUCUGCACUUCGUUCAUUGUCAUUCUUUCAUCUGGAGCCUAGAAAGAUCUUUUCCUAUGUACUAUGACGUCUGAUGAAACCGUGUUACAUUUCUAGCUACUGAAGGGGAAUGCCUGGCUCCAAAGGACAGUUCAACAUGAAGCAAGAUUGAGUUUGUUGCACUCAGUAUCUACGUCUAGUAUCCACAUUUAAGUGAAUGUUUUCUUACAUUUUCAGGUCUACACUAGUUAGUACAUGUAAAUAAGGAAAAAAGUGAUAAAUAUGGAAAAUUAAGUUAUAGCAUUCAUUGUAUUUUAUUUUGCUCUCUUGUUAUUUAAUUUUCCUGCUGCCCCACACCUUCAUGUGGGUGGCAGGCCUUUCUGCCUACCCACACCUAUGGGGUGCACCCUGAACCCCAAAAAGCACCACUCACUGACAUCAGCCACUUGAUCUCAAGUUAACCUUUUUCUCUUUCGUUCUGUGAUUUACUGUGAUGAUUUAAUAAAAUAGAAACAGCUCUUCUGCA